GUUGAUGUUUUGAGUCUAGUGACUCUUCCUCAGAACAGAUGGGAGUUAACUGCACUUGAAAUGUUCGCUGCAUUUCUCUCUCUCCACAGAUGGUGCCAGACCUGCUGAGUUUCUCCAGCUAGUACUGUUCCUGUUUCAGUAAGCCACACCUUGCUGAUAUGGAUAAUUUCAAAAACUCACAAUAGAGUGAAGACAUUCUCUUCACCUCAAUUCUAAAUGGCGCCCACCAAUCCCCACACCAUCCUUCCUGUACCUCCCCCCACGUCCCCCUCUGCUGGCUUAUGGUGAGAGUAUUGCGUUUUAACAUUAAACUCUCCAGCUCAAGGAAGCAAUAUUGAGUGAUGCUGAAAUUAUAAUCGGAACCCACCCUCACCACGGCCUUGUCAAUGCCACUUUUCCAGAAGGAAAUUAAGAAAGUUCUGCAAUUACAAAAGAGACUCGCCAGCAUCUGAAACGGAGCUCGAGCCUGCAUUUAUGUCACGCAAAGUGCUUCACAGCCAAAUGAAGCAUGGUUACCGUUGUCAUGUAAAAUAUGCUGAAAAGAUAGACAAAUUGGGACCUGCUGAAGUGAUUAAAGGUGUAAUAUGAAAUUCAAUUCUUGCCCUUUCUUUCAGGUGUUUAUAGCUUCGUGUCAGGCCACACUCACAAUGUUAACUGAUUUUGGAUGAACCAUGUGCUUUGAGCAUUAUUUUUCCUUUUCUGAUUUCCAGGUCUUUUCUUCUUAUUAAAUGUUGAUCAGUACCCUGUAGAUCAUUGACUGCAGUGGGAUUAAAGGUCUAUGCAGAUAGUGCAGACUGCCUCUCGCCUGCUGCUGCAUUAUAAAUGAGUCUGAAGUUAAUUUUUAAUUGCAUGCCAGUUGGUCUCCCCAGGAUGGUAGCGGCAGUCCCUGUGCAGAACUCUGCUGGUCGCUGGCUCCAGUGCGGCAGCUGGUUGUUGGGCUUCUGGGCUGUCUACACACUCUGCUCCGGCUUCUCCGAGUUCUUCAAUGGGGUCUUCAUCAACCAGUACCGCUUCGGCUUCCCUGCUUUCAUCGCUGUCUGUCAGAUGUUUUACGGCUGUUUUGGAUCAUCGUCACCUUUUGGAGUCAAAGAAGAAUGUCCCUGCUUAUGCCCUGAAAUUGGCAUUAUUGACCGUUGUGGUGCUGCAAUUGCUGAGCCAAGCCAGACUGUUGAAGAUCCAGCCGUACUCACUGGAGAGUGGAGAGAUUUUCCUGCUUCCUUCUAUUUGUUUUAGUUUUCAUUCAGUGCUAACCCUGUGGGCUGUGACCAGCUCCAACUCCGUAGGGUUUAAUUUUAUCAGACAGUUUACACCCCUGGCCACCUUGGCAUUGACAGAAAUAUUCAAGUUGAAGAAAAGAACAUCCUCCAACAGUGCUUUCUUGGUACUGCUGGUGACUUUGUGCUCUGCUCUUGCAGGGAUUCAGAACUUCACUGAUGAAGCUCUGGUAUAUGCCUAUGGAGUAUUAAAUCUCAUGUUCAAGAGCACGUACCUCAUUUUGAUCCAGGAGAUGUAUGAAGACCGCAAGUCGUCGGUGGUGGAUGUCUAUUACACGUGUAGCAUUAAUACCUGUCCGCUGCUGCUGCUAUACUGCCUUCUCCAUCCUGAUACUCCUCAGAUCUUCUCAUCGGGCAGCUGGUCCAGUCUGAUCUUUUUGGGCUUCUUCUCCUUGGUGCUGCUGCUUGGGUGUUUGCUGAAUUUUCUUGUCUUCCUGUGCACCUUGAUGAGCUCAGCCCUGACCAUGAACAUAUUUGAAGUUGCAAAGACAGACAUACUGAUGCUGAGAAACAUUUCCCCACAUGAAUGGACUUUCUCACUCCCUCUUCUCACCAGCCUUCUCAUCAGUAUCAGUGGAGUAGGGGUCUAUAUGUAUAAAGAAGCCUGGAAGCUGAAUACAGGAAUGAAGAAAGAGGCAAUGUGUAUCACCACCUGAAAACCGCUCAUUUUAUCCUAAAUAUUAGCAUAUAAAUCAGAGGACACUUUUCAUUCCUGCUUCAUCCAAGAAUGCUGAAUCAUUGUUGGUUCCAUGACUACCAUUCUCCACUAUUGUGUUCAACUAUCUAUACAAAGUACAAACCUCACUACUGAAUGGUGGAAAGCUGUUCAAAUCAACUUAAAAGUCUUGCAUUCAUAUAGCAGUUUUCACAAAAUCAAGUGUUUUGCAGCUAACGAGAUACUUUUUGUUGUAUUUAGGAAAUCAGCAACAAUUUAUACACAAACCCCCAUGCAAUUGUGAUAGUGACCACAUAUUCCCCUUCCUAAAAUAUUGAUUAAUGGAUAUAUUUGGUCAAAGAACCAUGGAAAACAGCUCUGCCCUUCUUCAAGAUUGCCAGCUGAUCUUGCUUAUCUGAAAGAUAGGCAUUUAGUUUAAUAACUGCAUCUCUGACAUUGCAGCACUACCUCAGCACAUUACUCAAGUCUCAGCCCUUAAGUUUCUGGAGUGGGACAUGAACAUAACUCUGUUUGAGAUGGGGCAAGUGCUAACCACUGAGCCACAGUUAACUUAUAAUAUCUCAGACAUGAUAUGCCAUUGCACAUGUUCCAGGAGGUUUUUCCUUAAAAUGUACAAAGACUGAUUGCAAAACUUGUGCUAACUCAGCUUGGACCUGACACAUUCUGGGUCAGUAUGUCUCAAUUAAUAGGAAUAGGGUUAAAAAUAAACCAUUAGAGCAAAACACCUUUUAAAUGAAUCUCACCGUUUUUACUUUACUUUCCCCUUCCCUUUGGCCAAUUUGGAAAGGGCCAUAGUUACUGAAGUAUUCAGAGCUGUACAGAACUCAAGUCUUUGGACUUUAAGUUUUUUUUGUCAUUUAUUGUUGCACAGAGUGAUUGUUGAAAAUGAUACUUUCUUUUGAAUAAACCCAAAUGUUAUGGAAA